GUUGCAUUCCUUGCCAUCCUCUCGAUCUCUCGGUCCUUGAGUCACGACAUGGCUAGCAGCGCUCUAGCUACACCACCUGAGCAUAGCUGAUCAUGCCGGGCCCACACGGCCUUCGCUAUGUGCCUCAGCUCAAGCGCGAUCAAGUCGAAUUUCCCUACACGCCGUCCGAGCCCUUGGACCUCUCUCGAAUUCCAUGGGAUGAUGGUCAAGUGCGGCAAGAGCCACUCGCGGUACCAGAGACAGUUCAAAGACGCAACGACGAUCUUCUGGCUGAAUUGCAGGCGCAUGUGCACGAAGAGUACGAGGAAGAUGAGGAUGUGGUGCGGGCAAUGAGGUGGAGAUCUGCUGUCUGGGCUGGGCAGCCGGCCGAAGGAGGCCAUGAUGAAGAGCCGAAGACUUCUUGCGAUAACGGCUUGCCCAAAGCCUUCCGAUUUCAUCACCAUCAAGACUCUAUGAAGCUUCAUUGGAAGCGCGCCAUCAAGUCAGAAGAGAAUGCUCUCGUGCGACCGACCCCUUGCCACCUUUUCAGGACGCCUCGACCUCGACCUCGACCUACGCCAUCGCGACGCUCGCCCUCUCCUCUUCUCGAACAGGUGGCGCCCUCCUCUUCCUCUUCAGCAGCUCUGCCGCAAGCGGAGCAGCAAGGCGACCCUCCUGCGCUUCUGACCAUCUCCGUCUACUCGCGUCCCCUUCUGAAACCCGAUAGAAAAGGUCUGCUGCGCACCAUCGCCGCGAGAGGAUGGGAGGAGCGCGGCCAUCACGACGUACCUGAGAGUUUGCCUGCCAACAAAAGCGCGUCAUCGAAGAAGAAAAGACGCACGCAGAGCAGCGCUCAGAGCGAUGAACAAGGCGAAGGCGAGGAAGAAGAGCAGGAUGAGGAGCCAACAGGACCAAUCUCGCAUCGUUCGACCUCCCUCUUUCACUCGCACUUCGGGCCUGCAAGUGCCGCAGAUGAACAAGACGACCAGUCGCGUCCUUCACAAAUUAUACAGCUGUAUAGCUCUCAAACACUGCAGGAGCUGAGGGAUGCGGUGGUAUGUCGAAUGGACGACUUGCCGGAGCGAGAGGAGGGAGACGACGUGCGCUUCACUGGUCGGAAGAGGAGCGGAGAAUGCGCGAUGAUGAUAGAAGGGCUAGUCGUGGCGGAACACGAAGAAAGUUGGAUGGUGGAGGCAAUGCUGAAGGCUGACCCUAGUCGUAAGGCGGCGAAGGAAACCAUGACCACUCAGCGUCUCGACCACCUUGGCGUGCCGAUACGGCUGCACACGCCCUACUGGCUCGGGCAUCAGGACGGGCUUUGUGAGCAUUUCUGGGUCAUUGACGAGGUGCGGAAGCCAACAGUGGACGACCCUGCUCCUCCUCUUCCCACCUCUUACCCUUCCCCUGCGACCGUCCACAAGCAUGCCACCGCCUCCGCUGCGGCUUCUACCGCUGCACCACCCUACCGCACCCCUAUCAGCACCUACCUCUCGACAUCAGCGCUCAGCCGUCCGCUCCCGCUAUGGGCCAAUCCCAUAGCAGGUGAGCAUCAGUACGGAAUGGGCUACUGCAAUCUGUGCGAGCGCGACGCGGCUACAGUGGCCGUGGUAGGCGGGGCUGGCCCGCCAGCUGUCGAAAACGUCGAAGAAGACGAGGAGAACGAGGCAACAGGACCAAGGAAGGCUGGACUGCCUAGCUUGCCCGGACAUGUGACAGUUCUGUGUAGGAGAUGUGCGCUGCUUUGGAGCGGGGUAAGCCCAAGGACGGUGGUGACGCAGAGGUCCCAGACCGUGACCACCAAUGGCGAUCCUGCCUCAAGCGAGGCAUCAACUAGCAACGCCAACGGCGCUCAAGCUGGUAGCAGCAACGGCCAUCGGGCAAAGCAGCAGGCGACUAUUGCUCGACGAGGUCGGGGCAAAGCAAGAGGCAGGGGAUCGACAAGGGUUGGUCAACGAGGGAAACCAGCCGAGCCACAGACAGCAGAACGUGGCGCUGCCGAACAGCCAGACUCAGCCUCAUCCACACCAUCCGACGACGAUGCAUCUGCCUCGCUGCAACCGCAGCCAGCGAAGAGUUCUGCCUCAACCUCGACAACUCGCAAAGUCGUUCCCUCGCUAUCCUCCGCAGCCAAAGCGCAACUCAAUGCGGAUGUGAGUGAAGACAAGGGCUGGCGGGCAAUGCGCGAGGAAGUGGACGCUCAGGAUGGUGACGAAGGAGGAAAAGGAGGAGGAGGAGCAGAUCCGUGGACUAUUGUGCCGCUCCUGGACUAAGCGGGCACACCGGACGGUGGGACACAUGGGGUACAGCAGAGUGGGUCGGCGCUUAUACCAUUUUGUCAUCGCAUCUUCUUUUCACGCAUGUUCGUCGAUAUCACACUCUCCCACUCAUCGACCCUUCUUCCUUUAUGGCGCCCUGCAGCCCGUU